UCGCAAUAGUUAAAACGACAGUGUUAAAUUUAAAACAGUGUCGCGAAGCUCAAAAGUUCAACAACAUCGCGGGACAAGGAAACGAUGUUGUUUAACUAAGAACGACGCCGAGGGGUGAAAGUUAGACGGCGAGUUAACAAUGAGGGCUGGUUUAAUUAAUUAGUAUUUUAUGAUUAUUUUAGACGGUGUCGUUUAAUGAAAAGCGAUGUCGCGGAAAAGUAAAACGACACCGCGUUAGUAGUAAGAGUUCGGCCAAAGGCAGCCCAACGACGGCGCAAGAGUAUAGAACGACGUUGUUUGAUGGACUAACAAUGUCGUUGGUUAAACCGGGUUGGGGCAGUUGAGUUGGAUUAUAAAACGGCAUCGGUUGGUGAAAGGCGAUGUCGUGGUAUUGGUGAAACGUCAUCGUUACAUGGACAAGGUUGUAAGUCGUUUCGCCAAGUUUCUACAAAGCAAGAGCGGUUUCGAGGGCACGUGAUUAUCACGCAACAAGGAGGAAGUUACCUGCACGGUUGACAGGAAUGAAGACGUGGGAGACAAAGGCGCCAAUGCAGUUACUACGACGGGGAGAAGCGCGAAGUAUAAAGAUUGGGAAGAGAGAGAAGCUAGGGACGGCAAAUUCAAAUCACAACUGCUCCGUCGCAGAAUUUAUCUUUUUUCUCUCUAGUUGGUAGAACUGCUCUGUCAAAGACCCCCUUUGCAGAGUCGUAGAUCGUAGCUUGUAGUCGUAGUCGCGGAGCUCUCCAGAGGAACCUCCAUAGGAGUAGAGGUAACGUAACUUAGAACACUCCCGGUUUGGUUUCUCGUUUCUCGUUGAACACCCUCGUUCGAACGUAGUUUGGAGAGGUGGUGAACCGAGUAACGGUUGUUUGAUUAGAAGUCAAGGGUGCAUUGAUCAAAUCAACAUCGCCGAUGCGGCGGUGGAUAUUUGACAGUCAUCAUGGUUUCUGUUUAAUCGAUCAAAUCAACGGCGCCGACAUUCGGCGGCGGAUAUUUGACGAUUGUGAUUGACUUGGUGUUUUUGUCUUCUUGAAAACAGAGCGCAUUGAACGCACGAGUUUCGCCAACGAAACAGAAAGGGAGGUCGAUCACCAAGAUGAGGAAGCUAGUAAUUAUACCCAGAAAAUUUCAAGCCGUGGUGGUUUUCGCAACCAUAACAAUAAGAGUAAUUAUGCUUUCGUUGAUUUGACAUUAUUGAAAGAGGCAAAAUUGAUAUUGAGUAAUGCAACCCGACUGAAAUGACUCGUAACCGGAGACUACGUAUCCAACCUUAAAUGGGCAAAGACAGAUGAGCUUAUCGAACCGGUCUAAACCAUGGUCCUUGUUAUUGGAAGCAAUUCCUGCCAACCAUGGUUGUCACACCGGCCGGCGUGUCACCGAUUGAACUUGGUUCAAUCUGUAUCGGUCAUAAAACCGGUAUGACACCAUCGGUAUGACCGGCAUGAUCGAUAUACAAAUCUCUAAGUAAAAUUAUCUUAUAUUAGUGAAUUUAUUUGAUAAAAAGUAAUUUAUUAUUUAUUUUAUGUGUUAAAAAGUUAAAUGUUGAUGUUAUUUGUUGGAUUCAAGUACAAAUAUUUAGGUAUUGACGUUAAAUAUCGUGCUUAAAUAUGAGUAUUUGUAAAUUAUUUGUUAUAUUAACCGGCAUGAACCGACACAAACCAGUAUGUACCACCGAUCAAACCAUUCUACUUGCUAAGCCGACACACUGACACAAACCGGUUUGACAGCCUUGCCGCCAACUUAAUACUUAUGCUUUUGUUUUGACGAUCAAUCAAUUGCGAUUGGCCUCCACUUAUUCCCGGUCCAUACAUAAGAAACACUCAAUGCAAAGUUAACGAAACAAUAAUUGUGACAAUUUAAUCGUCUUGCUCCACUCUAAACAUUAUAAUAAAUUAAUUAAUUAUAAUCUAUGUCUGUUUGUAUGCAGCAAUUAAUUAUUUUCAUAUACUUGUUUAUUAUUCUGUUCGGUUAAUAGAGACAUGCAGCUGAGACAGUGCCAGAGCUCCAAAAUCCAAAGGACUCUUUCACCUGAUCAUCCAGUGCCCCGCUUACUACAAAUACAUCACAAAUUUGAACAACAUUGUUAUCCUAACAAAAAGAGAAAGGGAGAUCAUCGAGAUGUGGAAGUUCGUCAGAAAUUUGCAAGCCGCGGUGGUUUUGGCAACCAUAACAAUGGUUGUUAUGGCACAUCCCUCAACUCAGCAAUACAGAACGAAGCUUGAUGUGAAAAAUGAGCUAUGCGGUCUCAAACUGAUAGUGCAUUGUGCAUCCAAAGACGACGAUCUUCGCGCCCACGUGCUCGACACGGGCUAUGCUUUCAGCUGGGAGUUCGAAUCGGUGAAUUUCAUACGUGCAACUGUUUUUUGGUGCAACCUCGCAGUCCGGAACAACCGCCUUUCUUUCACCGCGUAUAACGCGGCAAUUUAUAACAGAUAUAAUCAUUGGGUUGUAAACGAGAAGGGAGUUUUUACUGAAGGACAUUAUCUGAUUUCUGAAUGGAGGUAUGGAGCGUUGUCUGUCGAUAAAUCAUUUUGUAACGUUGGGCCUUGAUUUUCAUUUUGUUAUAUUUUCUUGCGUGCUAAGAUGUACAACUUAAUUGGCGAUCAGGCCAGCUAAAUGAAAUGAAAUUAAUUGGUAAUGCUUCAAUCAUCUAGAGAUUAUUUAUUAAUUAAAUUUCAUGAUCAUGCUGGCUGAUUUUCACAGGUAGGGCAUGCACUGACUGAUAUAUCACUGCUUGAACAGCUGGUAAGUUACUGAUGAGAGCAGAAAGAUCAGUUAAAGUUGGUGCAAUUCUCAUGAUGUGCAUCCUCUCAAAUUAAGGGUUUGCAAAGACUUUACAUUUGCGAGGCCUUCAAUCUCCCGGAAACUUGGCAUAUCCGCAUGAUUUCUAAAAUUUCCAACUUCCACAAAUUUGAAAGUAAUUAACGGCAGUCUCUCUAAUGAUGGCUGCAAUGCAAAUUACGCAAUCUCGGUUCACGUAUCUCGAUCUUCCAAACACUCAAGCCCUUGAAUCUUCGGGGGCAUGGGACAGCUUUCGAUGAUUAAUAAUGCGAUCAAAUUCUCGUAUUGCUACUAUUGCACCACAUUUUGGAGGCUCUGAAGAGCCGCUGAGACUUCAACUUGGAUAUCUCAUAACUUCCACCACCGUAACACUUCAUUGUUAUAGUUACUAUUGUUGUCCACUUAUCGUGGUCGAUACCUGUUGCUGCUGGGAUUUCAAGCCCAUAUUCACAGCGCUCAACAACUAAUUUUCUCUACUCAACUGUUUUGGUUGCCAUCCUUGUAUUUGUCCACAUACUAAUGGUCGUCAUGGUGUGGCUUAUUCACUACAAGAAAAAACGCUCUUUACAACCACAAAAUUGAUCCCUACUAAAGGUCCAAACUUUCUUUUCCUUCCUGGUUGUUAGUAGUAUUGAAUUGACAUUUAGUAGUAAUAGAAUUACUUCUUGACAUAUGAUGUUGCAAUGUAUUUUAUAAAUAGGAGGGUAUUUAUUUUGAUAUAUAAAAUGGCAUGGUUACAAAAGUCACUAUGAAGUUCCUUUUGGAUAAAUUGAAUGGAGAAUACAGGGUUCUGAAAGCAGAAUUAAAAGAUACAGGAUGUACUAGCAAUUGUUCAACUUUGGUCAAACUUGUUUUCCCGGCAGGUUAUUCGGGAUCGGUGUCGGACAAUUUUGUGCAAUUGCGACUUGGCACUACAAUAAAAAAGGGUUUUAGGAACCAAAUCAAUUUGUCUUUAAAGCAGUAUUGGUUACUAUACCUAUUGGUGACUAAAAUAAUUUAAUAGCAGGAUUGGUCGCUAUAUGACUCUAUCCGCAUUACUAAUUCCCAGCGCAACCAAAAUUAGUUAUUUUUGGUUGUCAUAGUUCCGAAUAUUGGUUGAUAAAUCUAUGUUAUUGGU